CCGCCACACGACGCCCCGCGGCAACUUAAGCCCCCGACAUGAGAAGAACAAGAAGAGGAUCAUCAAGGCAAGGCUACCACAACCACGGAAACGAAGAUACCUGGUCCGUCAAACCUCUUCUUCAUACUCCUCAACAACCGCCACACGAUCCCCAACAACCGCCACACGAUCAAUCGACCCUUAAUUCUCUUUCGACUUCAUCUACUUCUAAUGAACAACAGUUCCCUGAUUCGAUCCAAAAACCCCAUAAAGAUAAUCGAAAUCGAAGCUGGAAAUACCGUCGUGGCCCCGUGGUAAAAACAGAGUUCGUUAAAAAAUCCGAGCUCGCUUCUUCACCUGAGGUUAGUUCCGAGGAUAAUAAAGCGAGUUUGCGUGCAGUCGAAGAAGUGAAUGUAGACCAAGAUGAAAAUAAAGAAAGAGAAGCUUUGGAGUCAAAGAUUGAAGAGGAUGGGGAGAACAUUGACGGAGAUGAAUCGCAUAGCGGUGCGGAUUAUGUAGUGAGUAUGUUGGAGGAGCUGCGGUUAAGGGGGGAAGAACCUGAGUUGCCUGAGGAACAGCUGAGAAUCAAUGAGCAGUUGCAGGAGGACGAGGUACUUGUGAUACAGUCUAUUUAUGGAGAAAAUGUCUUCAUCCUCGACGAUCAGAUGGGCUUACGAUCCUUGAAGGUUCAUAUUCAUCUUGAAGGUGGUGGUGAGACUACCAUAACGACAAAACUAAAUACCUCUAAUGUUGGUGUAAAAAGCGAGACUUCAGAUGACUUUUCAUACUCUUUCAAAGUCCAGCAUCUUCCACCGAUUGUCUUGACUUGUUUACUGCCUAGAUCAUACCCCAGCCAUCUUCCUCCUUAUUUUACACUCUCUGUUAAGUGGUUGCGUCCUGCUAGAAUUUCCGAGCUUUGCAGUCAGCUUGACUCAAUAUGGAAGGGGCAAGAAGGGCAGGAAAUUAUAUACCAAUGGGCAGAAUGGCUGCAGAACUUCUCUCUGUCACAUCUUGGGUUCGAUAAAGAAAUAAUGCUUGGUCCUUAUGCAAUUGAGAGCACCAGGGAUAGGCGUGCCGUUUCAGGAAGUGUCUCUCCAGAUGUUGAUGUUCCAUUUAUUAGGAGUUACAAUGAUAAGAAAUUCCAUGAGAACUUCCUCAAAAACUUGCAUGAAUGUCCUAUCUGUCUUAGUGAGCAUGCAGGUAUUGAACUUAUCAGGCUGCCAUGCCAGCAUUUCUUCUGCUGGAAAUGCAUGGAGACAUAUUCCAAUAUGCAUCUCUCUGAAGCUACCAUAACCAAGCUGCAAUGUCCCGAAGCUAAAUGUGGAGGUAUGGUCCCUCCUGGUUUGUUGAAACGGCUACUUGGUGAUGAAGGGUAUGAAAGGUGGGAAUCCCUUAUGCUACAGAAAACCCUUGAUUCAAUGUCAGAUGUUGCAUAUUGCCCAAGAUGUGAAACACCUUGUAUAGAGGAUGAAGAGCAACAUGCACAAUGCUCCAAGUGCUUCUUUAGCUUUUGUACACUUUGUAGGGAGCGCCGUCAUGUUGGCAUAGCAUGUUUGACACCAGAAAUAAAGCUUCGUGUCCUCCAGGAGCGCCAAAGUUCAUCCCAAUUGAAUCAAGAGCAAAAGCACAAGGAGCGUGAGAUGAUCAAUGAACUUCUUAGCAUGAAGGAAAUAAUGCGUGACGCCAAGCAAUGUCCGUCUUGUAAGAUGGCAAUCUCAAGAACUGAGGGAUGUAACAAGAUGGUAUGUGAGAACUGUGGGCAGUAUUUCUGUUACCGCUGCAACAGUGCUAUUGAUGGAUAUGAUCAUUUCAGGGAUGGGGCAUGUGAACUGUUUCCACAAGAAAUGAUACGGGACUGGGAGGAAAGGAUGAAUGCACGGCAGGUGUUAGGUCAAGUUCAGGCUCAACUAUUCGCUGACCAUGGGCUGCCGUGCCCUAAUUGUCGUCAGUUCAACGCAAAGGUAGGCAACAACAACCACAUAUUCUGCUGGGCAUGCCAAAUGCACUACUGUUACUUGUGCAAGAGAACAGUAAGGCGCAGCGCUCAACACUACGGACCCAAGGGUUGCAAGCAGCAUAGUGAGGGGUAGUGAGUGACAUAUACCAUGCACAA